AUGGCGGCGGCAACCAGCAACGCUCUGGACGCGGGGUACUACGCGGCGACGUGCCCGGACGCGGAGGCGAUAGUUUCGAACGCCAUGUCGCGGCUGCACUACAACGACCCGACCCUGGCGCCGGCCCUCAUCCGCCUCCUCUUCCACGACUGCUUCGUCCGCGGCUGCGACGCCUCCGUCCUCAUCUCCCCCACGCCGCGCUACUCCUCCGAGCGCGCCGCCAUCCCCAACCACACCCUCCGCGGCUUCCCCGCCGUCGACGCCGUCAAGCGCGCGCUCGAGGCUGCCUGCCCGGGCGCCGUCUCCUGCGCCGACGCGCUCGCGCUCAUGGCCCGGGACGCGGUGUCCCUCCUCGGCGGCGCCCGCUACGGCGUCGCGCUGGGGCGGCGCGACGGCACGCAGUCCAAUCCGUGGGAGGUCGACCUCCCUGCGCCCUUCGCCAGGCUCGACGACGUGCUCGCCUACUUCGCCGCCAGGGGGUUCUCCGCCGAGGAGGCCGUCGUGCUCCUCGGCGGCGGCCACACCGUCGGCGGCGCGCACUGCGGCUCCUUCCGCUACCGCCUCACCCAGCCCGACGGCACCAUGGAUGAGCAGGUCCGCUGCGAAAUGCUUGACGCCUGCGGCGCCGCCGACCUGCCGCUCGACACCGACCCCGCCACGUUCCUCGACCCGGACACGCCGUUCGCCGUCGACAACAACUACUACGCGCAGCUCAUGGUCAACAGGACGCUGCUGCAGGUCGACCAGGAGGCCGCCACGCACCACGCCACCGCGCACCACGUCGCGUACUACGCCGCCAGCAACGACGCGUUCCUGCAGAGGUUCGCCGAGGCCAUGGAAAAGCUCAGCAACGUCGGCGUGCUCGAGGGAGACGCCGGAGAGGUCAGGAAGGUCUGCUCUAGGUACAACACUUGA